CAGUGGGAGAUGAUGAGAGUGGAGGGCACCAAAUAAAGUGCAACUGCAGGGACGCUCAGAACUGACACACACAAAAAAAUCAUCCAGCCGUCCAUUCUUCUUCUCCAGGACUGGCUGUGAGGAUGGAGAAAGCUGCACUGCUGCUGUUUUGUUGCCUGGUCAUGUCUCUAUCGGGCUCCCCGCUCUACCCGUCCAUUAGGUUCGGCCAGAGGGACACAUCCAUACUGAUGACAUCUUCUAUGAAGAAUCCAGCAGAGCAGCUGGAGGACGACACGAGUCCUCCCAGGGAGCGAGCAGAGUUACGCUCCGGACGCCACGCUGAUGCCAUCUUUACAAACAGUUACAGGAAGGUCCUGGGCCAAAUCUCUGCCAGGAAGUUCCUUCAGACAAUCAUGGGCAAACGACUCGGAGAUAAAAGUGAGAGCUACAUGAAACGUCAGUCAGACAUCUACGAAGGGACUUAUAAAGAAGAUCUAACAUCCAUCCAGAGCAAUCAGAGGUACAGAGGAGUGCAGGGGAACGUCAUGAGGCCCAGACUGCUGAGUUGAGAUUUGGUGGAUCGGACAGAUUGAAGGCUGCCAGUGCUUCUCGCCGACAGCACGCUGAUGUAUUCUCACACUUCCUCCAACCUGUUCUCUACAGAUGAAAAUAAUGUUGUCACUUUUUCUUUUAUUUGAAGAAAACCUAAAGCCCAGCUCAUGACUGUGGAAUAAAUGGCACUGUGCACUCUUGCUUUAACAGA